AUGUGCAAAUGUACAGCAAGACUAGAUGGAAAAAUUGUUCUAGUAACUGGUGGAAACUCAGGUAUAGGGUUUGAAACAGCCAAAGAUAUGGCGAACCGAGGUGCCAGAGUCAUUAUUGCCGAUGUGAAUAAUGCUGAACAGUCCGUACGAAGCAUCGUAGAAACUACAGGUAAUAAGUCAGUGGAAUAUCGACACGUGGAUCUGGCUGAUUUUAAAAGCGUCCGAGCUUUUGCUGAAGACAUAAACAAAACAGUCGAUCAUUUGGAUAUUUUAGUCAAUAACGCCGGAUGUUUUUCUAACAAGAACAAUUUUACCAAAGACGGGGUGGAAUUAACAAUGCAAGUUAAUUAUUUGGGACCGUUUCUAUUGACUUAUAUUUUGUUGGAAUCGUUGGCUAAAUCAAAAAGUCGUAUAGUGAUCGUUUCAUCUGGGCUAUACUAUAAAGGAGAGGUAGACCUACAGGAUCUGCGUGGACUUAAAACUAAAUCCAGUUUAAAGCGUUACAUGAACAGUAAAUUAUGUACAGUAUUAUGGACAAAGGGUUUAGUCAAAAAAAUGCCCCAGAACGUAUCCGCCUUUUGUUUGCAUCCUGGAAUGGUAAGAACGAAUAUUUUGAAGCAAUUGAAUAUAUCUCUUGAAAGGUAUAUGAAUGUGUUAUUUGGAUUUUUAGUAAAGUCAUCAUAUGAGGGUGCACAAACUAUUAUUCAUGCUUGUAUAGCUCCCAACAUAGAAAAAAUGUCCGGAGGUUACUUUUCCGAUUGUGAAUUAAAGCCGACAGUAAAGUUAAAGAAUGAGGAGGCUCUUGUUGAGGAUCUCUGGAACACGACUAUCUUAUUUUUAAAGCAACAUGCUGCCUAA